GAACUUGGAGUUCGGAGUGCAAUUCUGCCGUUUUUUCAUUCGGAUUUGGCAAUGGCCGCCAUUUCAAUUUGCUUCGCUCCUCAAGCUCUGGCACGGCCCAGAGUUCGGAACCCUAAAAGAAUACCAUCAGACAAGAAGCUUCGUGGGAACAAUAAGCUCGACCGCAAUAGCGUCAAGAUCAAAACCAAUUCGAAAGAGUUAUCUUCCAUUGGCGUUGAAGCCACAACUUACACUCGCCUUCCACCCAGGGAAGACUUUGCUCUGCUUAGCUUUGAUUCCCCGUCUUUUGAUUCUUCUUCUUAUUCGAAGGAUGCUUCUGAGGUGAAGCUUUUGGAUUCGGAUGUUGCGAUAAUUGAGGAAGAAGGUGAUUUGGAUUAUUUGAAAUGUGAAGAUGGGGAGGAAGAAGGGGAUGGAGGGUUGGACGGAAAUUUGGGGUUUGAAAAUGGGUACGAGAAGUUUGAAGUGUUUGAAGGGGAAUAUGAUGAUGAAAUGGAGGAGUAUGGUGAUAGUGACGCGGAAGAGGAAGAUGAAGAAGGAGAGAAGGUUUUGGCGUUUAGGAAGGGGAAAUCUUUUAAUGCCAACGAAGCUUACGAUACUGGCGAAGAAGGAAGCUCUUUCUUCGAGAUUGAAGAUGGGAAGGAGAAGGGGGUGCCAGCCGUAAUGCGGUGCUUUGAUCGAGCGAAAAUUUACGUUAAAGCUGGAGAUGGUGGGAAUGGGGUUGUGGCAUUUCGGCGAGAGAAGUAUGUGCCGAUGGGUGGCCCAUCAGGAGGAGAUGGAGGUAGAGGUGGGAAUGUGUAUGUUGAAGUUGACGAGUCGAUGAAUUCGCUAUUGCCAUUUCGAAAUGGUAUACAUUUUCGUGCUGGAAGGGGUAGUCAUGGGCAGGGGAGAAUGCAAAAUGGGGCAAAGGGGGAGGAUGUCGUGGUCAAGGUGGCACCGGGAACAGUGAUCAGAGACGCAUUUAGCCAGGAGGUUCUUUUGGAAUUAUUGCAGCCGGGGCAGCGUGCACUGUUGCUGCGUGGUGGAAGGGGUGGAAGAGGCAAUGCAUCAUUCAAGUCUGGAACAAAUAAGGUUCCAAAGAUCUCAGAGAAUGGAGAAGAGGGUUCAGAAAUGUGGUUGGAGUUGGAGCUAAAGCUUGUUGCAGACGUUGGAAUCGUGGGGGCACCAAAUGCAGGGAAAAGCACACUUUUGAGCGUGAUAAGUGCUGCACAGCCAGCCAUAGCAAAUUACCCUUUUACCACUCUACUCCCAAACUUAGGUGUAGUUUCGUUUGAUUAUGAUUCAACUAUGGUGGUAGCAGAUCUUCCAGGAUUACUCGAAGGGGCACAUGAGGGCUUUGGUUUAGGCCAUGAAUUUCUACGUCACACUGAGAGGUGUUCUGCACUGGUGCAUGUGGUUGAUGGAUCAGGACCACAACCAGAAUAUGAAUUUGAUGCUGUUCGUUUGGAGUUGGAACUCUUCAGCCCUGAACUAGCUGAAAAGCCCUAUCUUGUUGCAUAUAACAAAAUGGAUCUUCCUGAAGCGUAUGAAAACUGGCCAGCAUUCAAGGAAAAGCUACAAGCUCGCGGGAUCGAACCUUUUUGCAUGAGUGCAGUAAAACAAGAGGGCACUCAUGAAGUCAUUAGUGCUGCAUAUCAGCUGUUAAGGGAGAAUAAAGAAAACAAGGGAUUUCAAGGUGGGAAAAUACCAGAGAAUUUAGAUCAUGUGGCAGAUAGAAUACACAAGCAGCGUAGUGCUUCUAUUGAUGACUAUGAAAUUAUUCAUGAUAGUGGUUCAUGGCAUGUUGUAGGAUCUGGUCUACAACGUUUUGUUCAGAUGACAAAUUGGCGUUACAUGGAGUCUGAAAGAAGGUUCCAACAUGUCAUGGAGGCUUGUGGUGUCAACAAGUCUCUCAGAAAACUUGGCGUAAAGGAGGGUGACACAGUAUUUGUUGCAGAGAUGGAGAUGAUUUGGCACGACUCACCAAAUAGUUCUGGUCCAUCUAAUAUGAAGAAAAGAUCGGAUUCUGUCAAAUGGCCAGAGUGGAAGUAACUCAUGAUUGUUUGCUCACUUGGUAACUUCAUGCUAAUAACAGCAGCAAAGUUGUAAUGGUGCUGUCUGUUUUUCUAUGGUCACAAAUGUCUUUAAAACGCCCAAUACGACGGUUAAAAAGCUUCGACCUUCAUUCCCUUUGCUGAAUGGUGGGAAGAAUGAAUUUUCUUAGUGGAUCAGAUGAACAGCCUUGCACAUCCUGGAGAUCCGAAUGAAGAAGGCAUCAUUUGUGAUGAAGGUAACUUUUGCACCCAUCUCUCAAAUGCUUAAAUGAGAUGAAUUGAGUUCGAAUUUUCUGUGAACGUUGUGAUAAAGUCGAUCACAGAUUGUGAAUAGAAGCACAAUAGACUGCAUAUAAUUGAUCUCUAAUUAGAAUGUUAUGUAAUUUAAUAUUCUUUUGAAGAACAAAGCUGUUGCAAUUACAAGGUUUUAGGCUGUUCUCUGUAAUAAAGUGGUGGUGAGAUUAUUUAGAGUGCAACUAUCCUUGUUCUGUGUAAUAUAUAUGUAGUAAUACUAAUAACUAAUAAAACCGUUUUCUCUUUCA